AUGUUUUCCUAUCAAUUUCUGCUGAGAACGACAAGGCGUCGUGCCUUUUUCCCAACCAACGCCAUUCGUACCUUACACAAUGCAUCGCUUGACGCAUGGCGAUCGACUGCAAUGCAAACGGAGACGCGUGCUAGCGACGUGAUUACGAGUUCGCCUUUGAAUUUGCUGGCGAAUACACUUGAUGAGCCGAGUGUGCCAUUCAAGCAUGCGAUCCUCCCAACGGCAGGCACUGUGGUCCCAGCAACUUACCAUCAUAUCUAUUUUCCUCCGAGGACCAUUGAAAGUGAAUUAGCAGCUGAUGGUUUCGAGAAUGAUUUCCACCCUCCUGAACCCUUUGUGGAACGCAUGUGGGCUGGUGCUCGUUUGGAAUUUAAUCCUGUGAAUCCAUUACGCGUGGGUGAUGAUGCGACAAUGGUGACGACCGUGAAUCGAAUCGAGACAAAACAAGGGGGUCGCCUAGGUGAUUCGGUACUCGUGUGGCUUGACAAGAAUAUCCACAAUGCUCAAGGCUGGGCAGUGCAUGAACAACGCUGCUUGGUGUAUGCAACCAAUAAUCAUCAUGCAUCUCCACGCAUGAUCAAAGCACGUAAACCACCCUCCUUUUCAAAGACGAUAUGCCCAACCUCAAUCUUAUUAUUCAGAUACUCAGCAUUGACAUUUAAUGCCCAUCUCAUCCAUUACGACCAUCCAUAUGCCACUCAACGUGAACAUCAUCCUGAUCGGUUGGUGCACGGACCACUCUCGGGUACCUUGCUAAUGACUCUCUUACGAACCCACGUGUCUGAAAAACAUGGUCACCUUGAUGAGACACGCAUUCUAUCCUUUGACUACCGGUGUCUAAUGCCUCUUUAUGUGGACAAGCCCCUUACGCUAUGUGGACGACAAGUAUCGGAUACGGACGAUAAUCAUAUGCUGUUUGAUUUAUGGAUUGUCGAUCAUGAUAAUAACCUAGCUGUUAAAGGAAAUGCCGUGAUCUCAAAUAAAGUAUAA